CGACAUUUCGUUUUCUGUGUAAUUGUAUUCGUGCUAUGAGCCAUAAAAAAAUUUUGCGGAAGGUUUUUUUGUGUGUGUUUUAAAUUUCAGCUCAAAGAAAUUCUACGCAAAUUUCGAUUUGUUAAUAACAGAAAAAGCCCUUCAGAAAAUAAGACAGUUUUCCUUAAAGGAAAAUAUUUUCUAUAUGGAUGCGUUAAAGGCAAAAGAAAACACUGUAGAGUGAAUUUUGCUAAAAACGAAAAAAAUAAGAAGGAAAGAAAAAACCAAAAGUGAUUUUUUUCUCUCUUCUCCCAUCAGCAGCAGCAGCAGUCUUUCAAUAAGUUCGGGUGAAAUUUCAUUGAACUGCUUUGAAAUUAAAAAAACAAAGGCAAGUUACAGACGAUAGACGUUGGGACGAAAAAGAAAAAUAUAUAGACAACCAUAACUAAAUAAAAAAAGAAAAACCAACGAAUAAAGACGUCGUGAAGAAGCAGCAUUCAAAAGAAAAAAAUAGUCGAGCAAGAAACAAACAACAAAAAAGAAACAAUUUUUGCUUGAAUCAAAUUCAAGCAAAAUAUUCAAAAUUACUUAUUGGUAAAUUUCAAAAAAAAAACAAUUAAAAAUCUAGAAUAGAAAGUGUAUUCAGCAAAAUAGUUUAAAGUUGGUGGCCACUACUGAAAAUUACGAUACGAAAAAGUUUAAAAAAGAAGAAAAAGUUGAGGUUGUGUUUGUGUGUGUGAGUGUCAGUGUUUGUGUCGACGAAGAAGAGGAAGAAACAUCAUAAGUGUGUGUUUGUUUGUGUGUUGCAAUCAAUUGGACAAGCAACACCAACCAACUGAAAAAGAGAGGAAAAGUUGAAAAAAGUAACAAAAUCAAAGACCAAUCGACCCGACCCGAUCGACCAGCAGCUAAUGCUACUCCAACACAACUUCUAGAAAAUAAAUAAACUCCUCCACAGGAAAAAGUUGAACUUGCUCUAUUAUUUUGAAAUCUUUAAAUCAUUUUUAGCAGUUCAUGGUAAAGUGUUAAAGGAAUUGGAGAAAAGAAAAAAACGUGCAAAAUUUUAUGGUAAUUUUCUUAAAUAUUUGGUUUGGAAACCAUUUGGUGUAUUAGUUAACAGACGCCGUUUUUGUGCCAUUUUUUCUUCUUCUUCGUGAUAGCGCCAGCCAGCCUGCGCCUGCUCUCAAUAAAUUCCUAUAAUAUCGAAAACACAACAAACAAAAAAAUAGUGGAUCUGAAUCCCUAACAUAAACAUUUAUAUCUCGUCUGUCUUUCAACCAACCAAAUAACUAUUCUGUGUUGUGUUUGCCAAAAAAAAAAAAACAGUGAUUAAAUUUCAAGGUUGAUAGCUCAACGGAUUUGUAUUGUAUUUUUGAGCCCAAGUGAUAACUACCAUACCACUUUCAUACUUUCUGCCCGCCUGCCUGUGUUGUGCUAAUCACUGUGUGGUGUUAUUAGCAAAUAUUGGGGCAGUUGGAUUCCACCUAACGUUUAAUAACGUUCCAUUUUUUGCCGCUUUGGAAUGUUAGAUGCGGUGAACUGUUCUUAUGGUCGUAGCAGUAGAAGCAGCAAAAGCUCAAGUAUUACAAGUCGUUUGAAAACAAUAACAACAACAAAAGCAACAAUACAUUCGGAACAAGAAUUCACAACAGAUUUAUUGGAUAAUGGCGAAUUUAAAUUUUCAACAACCCCCAAGAAGCAUAGCAAAUGCAUCUCUAACGGGCAGAACUACAGGCGGUUUUGGUGGUAGUUCAUUAUCCGGUCAUGUAACACCCACGUCAGGCAUGUUUCCCAGUGGAGCAAAUUAUGGACAAACGCAACCUCAAUUAUCACCGAAUCGUAGUGCUCAGCUAUCGGUUGGUGGUCCUGCGUUAACAAGUGGUAAUCGUGCAAAUGUUUUUAACCAGCGUCCAUAUGUGGAAAGACGUAUGCAGGGACUGGGUCAGGGGCCUAUGUCGAACAUGGGCAAUUUUAUGCAAAAUCGUGGCGGUUACGGUACGACUGGUAGUGGUGGAGGUGGUGGCGGUGCCGCUGGUGGACCUCUAAAUAAUUUCCAUAAUGUUUUUGGUGGCAGUGGGGAUACAACAACGCCGGCCCUACUCGAUCCUUCAGAAUUUCCAUCUCUGACAAAUGCUCGCGGCCAGAAUGAUCAAUCACUGCCUCAGACGAAUCCCCUCCAGCCGCCGGGAAGCAAACCUUAUGGUAAUUUCUUUACCUCUUUUGGCAUGGUAAAACAACCAACAUCAGAGCAAUCGGAAUUCACGAUGUCUAAUGAAGAUUUCCCUGCGUUACCGGGCACUCAAAACUCGGAUGGUACAACGAAUGCGGGAAGUGCUCUAACAGAUAGUAAUAAUUUGGAUGGUACGGAUAAGACAAUGAAUUCAAUUGUAGCCAACAGUGGGUUGGGAGCUGUGGGUAGUGGUGCGGUAGGAUCAGGCUCAUCAGUUGGUGGUGUCGUUGGUGGUGGUAGUAGUGGACAAGGAGGUGUUGGUGUAGUUGGUGGUGGUGUUGGUGGAGCGCCUGUCAGUACAGCAGGUGGCAAUUUUGGCAGUGGUAUUGGUGGUAUUGUUAGCUCUGGUGGUGUGAGUAGUUCGGCACCCAGUGGUAGUGGUACAACAUCUGGCAUUAGUGGUAUGGGUAAUAGUGGUAGCAUUGAACAACAACAACAACAGCAACAGCAGCAACAACAACAGCAACAACAACAACAUCCGAAUGAUAAUUCCAGCGAUAACAAAUUGAUGAAAACCGGCGUGCAAACAUCUCCUGAUGGCAAAGUCACAAAUAUACCGGCGAGUAUGGUGAAUAAUCAAUUUGGUAUGGUGGGCUUAUUAACGUUUAUGCGUGCCGCUGAAUCCGAUCCAAAUUUGGUUACAUUAGCCUCAGGCAUUGAUUUAACUGGUUUAGGUUUAAAUCUCAAUUCCCAAGAAAGUUUACAUCCAACAUUCGCUGGACCGUUUGCGGAUCAUCCCUGCAGAGCACAAGAUGUUGAGUGUAAUGUGCCACCUGAAUAUUUGAUAAAUUUUGCGAUAAGAGACAAACUUUCCUCGCCACAUUUAAAAAAACUGCAAGAAGAUCUGCUUUUUUUCCUGUUCUAUACAAAUAUCGGCGAUAUCAUGCAACUUAUGGCAGCAGCAGAAUUACAUAGUCGCGAAUGGAGAUAUCAUAUAGAGGAAAAAAUCUGGAUAACUCGAAUUCCUGGCCCCAAUCAAUACGAGAAAAAUGGUACAAAAGAACGUGGCACCUUUUACUAUUUCGAUGCGCAGAGUUGGAAACGUUUGUCCAAGGUUUUCCAAAUCGAUCCCGAGAAAUUAGAUAAAUGCCCCAAUAUAAGUGCGUUUAUGAACAUAAAUGGACAGUCUGUAUAAUAUUAAUAAAAAAAAAACAAAUCUUAAAAACAAAAA